CCAAACUUCCAACGGUACUACUACCGAGUUGUACUUCUUCCAUCAGCAUCGAUCAUCCAACGAUCAUCUCACUGCCAAGGAAUGGAAAGAAGGAGAAAGAAGAAAAGUCAACCUCGCACGAUAGCUCAAUUUUCUCAGAAAUUGUUUCUUGGAUACCUCGCAUUUACGCGGUACGAGUACCGUACAACUCCUGCCAACCCAUUUUGCCAUAAACCAAAAAUCGACCCUUUGACCAAAAACCGAGACACAAUGAAGUCCACUGCUCGCACCACCCAGCUCCUGCUCUCCUUUUUAUGCGUCAUGAACGCAGCAAACGCGUUUGUCACACGCGGACCAAGCCAGCUUGUCGGUCAGCGCCAACUGCAGCCAGAAUAUCGAGUCCUGUUUCAAGAGCCACCAACUCUCGAGAAAGAGGCAGAGAAAUCUGAAGCUGUUGAUGAAGUCAAAGAACCAGAAGAAGAGAUGAGUGAAACGCAAAAACUCAUGCAGAAAGUGAAAGACUCCGGAACCGCCGGUUUCAUUUCGUACGCUGCUUGGGAGAUGGGUUUCUGGGCUCUCUCGGUACGUCCUUGUUCUGUCGGUGUCUUAUGUGUAUUGUGUCCAUCAAUUGGUGAUACGAGGUGAUUGCUUUCGCAUUUUUUGCGCCACGGCCGAGACAACUAACGACAACGAACAAAUUAAUUAUUGAUAUUUUGUCUAACUUUUCUUCAUUUGCGUGCUAUUUUUAUUUUAUUUUCCUCCUUGUCGUGAAAACAGGUUCCUGUUUGUGCCGUGGGCUACUACCAAGUCACCGGCCACUGGCCUGACUUGGGUGAUCCGGAUGACCAGAAAAAGCUUGGCGCCGAAGCCUUUGCCUUUGUCAACUUCGCGCGAUUUGCUGUCCCACUUCGCAUUGGGCUCGCUCUUAGUACGACGCCAUGGAUUGACGAAAACAUAGUAAAGCGCUUCCUGAAGAAGGACGACGAGAAUUAGAAUUUGGAAAAAAUCUCUCAUGAAUCAUUUCAUCCCGAUUUUUUUCACAGUGAAAAGAGUCGGAAAUGCUAGCCACAUGGUGGUUGUUUCGAUGCAUAAAAAACGCAUGAUACUACUGUAUGAAUUCAGGAUGUCAGUGGGCGAAGUAAAUAAUACCCCAUUGCUGACAAAGAUCCAAAUUAUCGAUACAAUCACUCUUCCAUGAACUUGGUAUGGAACGAAGUACUCUCUUUGCUUCCGGCAACCCCAGAGACACCAACCCUGAUAUGGUCGUUGAAUGUUUAAAUAAAACGAAUACUUUUUUGUUACAUAUGUUUUUCAACCUUGGCCAAUAGCUUUAUCAGGGCUUUAUGAAUACUGCGUAUUUUCAAGUAUGAAGUAGAUCAGUUGSACGAGAGUGAUGAAAAUUGAACCGAUCAGUGGAGCCUGCACCAAUAAAGUUUGAAAAAUACUGAUGUACCAUGGUCAAAAACUGCGAUUCAUGUUGUCUUCAAAACUCAGCAGAAAAUCUUGCCCAGAAGGAAAAAUGUGAUCUAUUCAAUUUUAUGGAUUAUUCAGAAGUGAUUACCGCUUCUGGAAUGAAAUUUGGCAGCUUCUUCACAUCAUUUAAUAUUUAUUUUAUCCCGUUAUCCCCUGUUGCUGAUCAACAUAUUUUGGUAUAUUAUUUCAGCACACUUCCCUACUCUCAACGUAUAUCUUGUCUUUAAAUUUAUCGAUCAUCUCGGCCACAAUAGCUUCCCCACGCUGUUCCCAUUCCUUCCGGUUUCGUGAAGCAUAGUUCAAAUACUCAUCGCUCGAAACUCCAAAGACUCCACAAUCACUUAGUUUCUUUGAAAGUGGAAUGAUGUAGUGGUCGAAGAAGCCCAGUUCUCCCUGGUACCAAAAGGUACUAGGGUCAACGUUUGCUCUACCCGUUUUGUAGGCCAGGUACAUCUCUUCGAAUAGACGUUCAUUCCAUUUUCGAUAAACAUGCCAGUGUUGCAUAGUGUGGCAUACAUCACUUGCUUGAAUCAAAUGUUCCAAAACAAUGGUGGCUUUCCGAUUGAUUCGGUCCUGAUUGUUUUCAUUGUUGUCUUUCAAGUCAGGUGAGAAGGCCUUGUCCCAUCGUUGAUUACGUAAUUGUUUGAGGUCCUUAUCCAUGAUGUCAGUUGCAAGUACCGUAUUGACGAUCAAUUGACGCAAACGAUCCAACUCCUUAUCAGUUCUACAGACAGCUUUCCGCACCGCACUGAACUGAGGUUCUAGAAAUAGCGCCCAAGCAAUGUCGACUGAAUUUUGCUCAGCAACAGAUCUUCCCUUGUAUUUUUUCGCCACAGGAUCUUCUUCUUCAACUAGCGUCUUGUUUGGGACACCUUGGUGGUCCACAUCGUGAAUUAGAGCGGCGAGGAUGCAUGCAAACUGUGUCAAUGGAUCACUAGUAAUACCGUAUGUAUGAUCAUGCAAGGUAGAAUAUACAUUGUGUUCACAG